AUGGGUCCGUUGAAGCUCGUGGUCCCUACAGAGUCCGUGUCCUCCUACCUGGGUGACACGGCUCUGCUGCGCUGUGAGGUGACUGGGGAUCCCAUGCCCGUGGUACGCUGGCAGAAGAACAGAGAGGACCUGCCCCUCACCUUAACACCAGAGAGCAGAGUGGUGGUACUGCCCUCUGGAUCGCUCCAGGUUAGCAAAGUCCAGCCACCAGACUCUGCCACCUACCGCUGCCUGGCAGACAACCCUGGCAGCGCCCGCACCGGCAGCGACGCGGACCUACGCGUGUUGCCAGAACCCGGAACCACCAGGGGCCUUCUGUUCCUCCAGAAACCCCAGAGAGUCACCUCCCUCCUGGGGAGAGAUGCCGUGUUGGAGUGUUCCGCCUCCGGGUUCCCCACCCCCGCCUUCCACUGGAUGAGAGGAGCCGAGAGGAUACAGAUCAGGUCUAAGAAGUACUCCCUGCUGGGCGGCAGUAACCUCCUGAUCAGCAGCGUAACGGACGACGACUCAGGCUCCUACAGCUGCAUGGCGUUUAACAGGAACCAGAACAUCACGGCUUCCUGCGAGCUGUCCGUCCUCGGUAAGUGUGUACCGCGACGACCGCCACUCGUCGCCCGGGUGGGAACCUAUCUCCGCUGGCACACAAACACUCACAAACAAAUAAACAAAUAAACAUAACCACAUCUUCUACAGGUGUCUCUCUGUCCAUGUCUCUUCUCCAUCGCCGUCGUGGUCUCAAGUCUGUGGAACAUUUAACUGUUUCAGUUCACAACCCUACUGAGGAACUGCCAGCCACAACUCUGAAUACCUGAACACAAUUUUUGACUGCCAUUUUCCCUGACACAAAUGAAAUACAUGACAACCAUAACUUUGUUUAGGAUUUUGGCUGACCUAGAUUAGACAAACUACGUGAUCUGUUAUAUCUCUAAUAUCAUGACAAUAACCUUUUAAUCUGACAAAUAUAAACUACAUGAUCUGGGAGAACUUUAAUAUCAUGAGAAUAACAUUUAAAUCUGACAAUAUUUUAUAGUAUUUUAUUCUGAAGGAUGUCCUUUAAUGUGAUAUUCAGAAUGGUUCUAAAAUAUUGAUAAUGUAUAGUCAAGAUGUGUGAAUAGCAAUACAUGUCACUCAAAUAACAGCUAUUUCGCAACAGCACAGGAAGUUAACAAAAAAUUGCCUACCCUUGAAAGUUUGAUGCAGUCUCGUGAAAUGC